UUGACUACCCUUGUCACUAUUGAGGAUGCCCUCUUGCAUUGCUCUGGCCUGCUGCGCCACAACUAUGCCUGGCAUUUCUCUAACGUCUCGCUUGUCCAGGCUAUACGCAAGAUGCGCCAUCUGCCCCUGACAGUGCCCAUCUGCACCAAGUGGCAGUACUGCAACCUGAUGUACAUUGCCAUGGCGCAUCUUGUUGAGACAGUCACUGGCCAGUAUCUCGGCAACUUCCUCCGCGAGCAUAUCUGGUGGCCGCUGGGCAUGGGCGAGACCUUCAUGUCGAUCCCUGAGGCCCAGGCAGCUAGCGUGCACCUGGCCCAGGGCUACGAGGUUAACCAGAUAGGGGGAUAG